UCAGGCCCCAGAACACAACCCAACCUGCUAGAUCCAGGGAGACAAAACACGCAGGCGCAAACAGAGAAGCGGGAAGUAGAAGGCUAGCGGCACGGGCGCGCGCACGCGGCGUCCAGGCGAGGCGGGGGCGCGCGCUGGGCGCGAGCGCUGAACCUCCGCCUUGGGGUUCGCUGGGUACUAGGGCGGUGCGCCCUCAGCCAUGGCUCACAGACCGAAAAGGAAUUUUCGGCGGCGCGCGGCCGAUUCCAGCGACAGCGAUGGCGCUGAGGAGUCGCCUGCUGAGCCUGGGACGUCGAGGGAACUUGCGGCCCCGGGCCCCGCGGAAGAAGGGCCGCCCUCUGGAGAAGGCCGCGCGCAGGUGGCGGGACGGCCCCACCGGGUUCGGGGGCCUCGGGGCCGGGGACGAGUCUGGGCGAGCUCCCGACGCGCCACGGAAGCGGCUCCCCGCGCGGACGAAGGCUCCGGCGUCCAAGAAUCCACAACAGUUGAUGUGUCAACAGAUGAAGAGGAUGAAAUACAUCACUCCUCGGAAAGUAAGGGUGAUCAGGGUUUGUCUUCUGACAGCUCUAGCUCUCUUGGAGAAAAAGAACUUUCAUCAGCAGCGUCCUCCUCUUUGUUUCCUUCAGUUGAGAUCCCAGAUGCAGCCUUUAUUCAGGCAGCUCGCAGAAAACGUGAAUUGGCCAGGGUGCAAGAUGACUAUAUUUCUUUGGAUGUAGAACAUGCCUCCACCAUCUCUGGUAUGAAGAAAGAGAGUGAAGAUGACCCUGAGAGUGAGCCUGAUGACCAUGAAAAGAGAAUACCAUUUACCCUGAAACCUCAAACACUUAGACAAAGGAUGGUUGAGGAAUCAGAAAACAGAUAUGAAGAAACAAGUGAAGAAAGCCAGGAGGAUGAAAAGCAAGAUAUUUGGGUACAACAACAAAUGAGGAAAGCAGUUAAAAUCGUAGAGGAAAGAGACGUAGAUCUUUCCCAUAGCUGCGGAUCUUCAAAAGUGAAGAAAUUUGAUACUUCCAUUUCAUUUCCACCAGUAAAUUUAGAAAUUAUAAAGAAGCAAUUAAAUACUAGAUUAACUUUACUACAGGAAACUCACCGCUCACACCUGAGGGAAUAUGAAAAAUAUGUACAGGAUGUCAAAAGCUCAAAGAGUACUAUCCAGAACCUAGAAAGUUCAUCAAAUCAAGCUCUAAAUUGUAAAUUCUAUAAAAGCAUGAAAAUUUACGUGGAAAAUUUAAUUGACUGCCUUAAUGAAAAGAUUAUCAACAUCCAAGAAAUAGAAUCAUCCAUGCAUGCACUCCUUUUAAGACAAGCUAUGACCUUUAUGAAACGCAGGCAAGAUGAAUUAAAACACGAAUCAACGUAUUUACAACAGUUAUCACACAAAGAUGAGACAUCCACAAAUGGAAACUUCACAGUAGAUGAAAAAACUCAAUGGAUUUUAGAAGAGAUUGAAUCUCGAAGGACAAAAAGAAAACAAGCAAGGGUGCUUUCUGGGAAUUAUAACCAUCAGGAAGGAACAUCUAGUGACGAUGAAUUGUCUUCAGCAGAGAUGAUAGACUUCCAAAAAAGCCAAGGUGACAUUUUACAGGAUCAGAAGAAAGUUUUUGAAGAUGUGCAUGAUGAUUUUUGUAACAUUCAGAAUAUUUUGUUGAAAUUUCAGCAAUGGCGAGAAAAGUUUCCUGACUCCUAUUAUGAAGCUUUUAUUAGUUUAUGCAUACCGAAGCUUUUAAAUCCCCUAAUACGAGUUCAGUUGAUUGAUUGGAAUCCUCUUAAGUUGAAUUCCACAGGUUUAAAAGAGAUGCCGUGGUUCAAAUCUGUAGAAGAAUUUAUGGAUAACAGUGUAGAAGACUCAACGAAGGAAAGUAGUUCAGAUAAAAAAAUCUUGUCUACUAUCAUCAACAAAACAAUUGUUCCCCGACUUACAGACUUUGUAGAAUUCCUUUGGGAUCCUUUGUCAACCUCACAGACAACAAGUUUAAUAACACAUUGCAAAGUGAUUCUUGAAGAACAUUCCACUUGUGAAAAUGAAGUUAGUAAAAGCAAACAGAAUUUACUUAAAUCCAUUGUUUCAAGAAUGAAGAGGGCAGUAGAAGAUGAUAUCUUUAUUCCUCUGUAUCCAAAGAGUGCUGUAGGAAACAAAACAUCACCACAUUCAAAGUUCCAAGAAAGACAGUUCUGGUCAGGCCUAAAGCUCUUCCGCAAUAUUCUUCUUUGGAAUGGACUUCUUACAGAUGACACCUUGCAAGAACUAGGACUAGGGAAGCUGCUAAAUCGUUACCUUAUUAUAGCUCUUCUCAAUGCCACACCGGGGCCAGAUGUGGUUAAAAAGUGCAACCAGGUGGCAGCAUGUUUACCAGAAAACUGGUUUGAAAAUUCUGCCAUGAGGACAUCUAUUCCACAGCUAGGAAACUUCAUUAAGUUUUUAUUGCAGUCUGCACAUAAAUUAUCUAGAAGUGAAUUCAGGAGAUUGGAAGCCUCUAUUCUAGAGAAUCUGACCAAACCGAAACAUUCAUGUGGAGGAGGGGACUCCCAAAAAAGCCCAUUCAGAUAACCCUAAAGACAACCCCUUCCCACAAGUCCAAGGCUUUCCAAGUUUUUUAGUCCUUCAUUCAACCAUAAGAAGACAGCCAAGGAUUGCCAGAUAUCCUGGAAAAACCUGAAAUAUAGACAACAAAAAUAAAUACAGAAAGAAAUUUGGAGGAAACAGAUGUGCAAACUAUUUUAAAUGAAAAAAUACAAACACUAUAAUGAAUCACCUUAUCUAUGAACAAACCCAUAGAUAAAGGCUUUUUGGUUAUAAGAAAAGAAACUUUCACAAAGCAAGAAGGGUUCUUAAGAUUUAAAAAUAGCAAAGAGUCGGAAGAUUGAGCUAAAGAGCUAAAAAACAAGAGACUGGGGUCGGGGAGGGAGGUAAGAAAACAGAUACCCAGUGCUGGAUAUCCAACAUCCAAAUAAGUUUUGAGAACAAAGCAGCAGAGAAGAAAUCAUCAACCAAUGCUAAACGUUUCCCAAAUCCGACAGAAAUGAAUUACUACCUUGGAAAGAUUCACCUGAAGCGCAAUAAAAUGGAUAAAUAUAGACCCACACCAAGGCACAUCAUCAUGAAAUUUAUAUGAGAAACAGAAAUCAAAAUGGCUUUGGAUUUCUCAAUACAACAAUGGAAAUUAAGAAAAUGGAGCAACAAUAUUUUUAAAGUUCUGAAGGAAAAUUACUUCCCACCUAAAUGUAUAAAGUAUCAAUCAAACAUGAAAGACAUGCAAGGUCUCAAAAACUUUACCACCACACAAACUUCCUCUAGAAGCUACCAAAGGAUGUGAUCCAACAAAACAAGUUAGUACUCAAUAAUGGAAUCUAGAAAGCAGCUGAGCGCAGGAAAGAAGUUAGUUCUAAGACAGCUAGGAACCAGAGGGCAGAUCUGAAGGUAACUCAAUGGACAGGUUGAGAGUUGCCUGCAAGAUUUAGGAUACUACUAUACUUUUUAACCUGAGGAACAGUAUGCUCUGGUGAAUAUGGACCAAAUUAUAUGCUUUUCUUUAGAAUGUAUGAUUAUAUCCUAGCUUUCCAAUCUAUGCUGUAUGGAUCAGCAACAGCAUUCAUAUCAUCCUAAAGGUACUGUUUUGACCUAAUCCUAAAAUAGAGUUUGAUUCAUCAUGCUGUGAGCAUAAAAAAAAUAGUUUACUUCCUUUAACCACAUUUCUGUCACAUUCAGUUACGCAGUCCAUGCUAUAAUCCUGCCACAUACCCUGUCGUGAGCCUUCUGUUUAGCAGAACUCACUCUUAACCUUGGCUAUGAACAUGCUCAAAAUUGGCUUUUGUAAACUCUCAGGGGCGGCUGAAGCCAGACUGUGACCCAAAGACUGUAAUGUUUUCCUUGAAGCCUUCAUGCAAUAAUAGCAAUACUGCCCCUUUAUACUGGCUAACAGGUUUUUCAAAAUUAAAUAUAUUGUUGAAGAAUAUAUAUGUUAGAAGUAAACUAAAAGAAAUGCAAGCGAAUGAUUAACAAGUCGAGAUAUUUACAUUUAAAAAGGAAAGGGAUACAAUUGCAGACAUACAGGAGUCUUAGAUCUUUUUAAAUGUUUUAUUUCUUAACCUUCUUAGAUAUUACUAAAUGUUCUAUUUCUUAACCUGAUAGUGGGUACAUGAAUGUUUAUUUUAUUAUUCUGUAAAUCAUACGUUGUGUUUAUAAACAUUUCACAAUUUACAAAAAAUCAUGCCAUCUAUUCCCCUUGCUCAGAUUACAUGCUCAUUAAAGAACAUUCUGGUGAUGCUCUGACUUCUAUUGUAGCUUUGCCUCCAAUAGGCAAAUGGACAUGGGACCAUUUGGCAUGUGUAAUUCUCUUUUUAGAGUAAUAAACUGGUGCAUAAGUUUUAUUUUAG